ACGCCAUCAUCAUAUAUAUCUCAUAUGCACUGAUGAAUGAUGAUGCUGCAAACGCAUCGGUGGGAGUUCCUUUCGCUGUUGUGUUUAAUCGUUCCGUUAGAUAAUCGGAGCUGAUUUUCGAGGGUUUAUUGUUGAAUGUGGAAUUUAUGGAGCAACGUGGGAACCAUGGCCGUGAGUAUGCUGUCGACGAGCACUGCAAUGCCGGUGGCCGUUCCGAAGGAAGCCAUGGAAGCUUCAUAGAUGAAGAAUUGAAUGAGACAGACUAUGAGGAUGACUUGGAGCCGCCGCAGAGCAUUCCCAGCACUGAUACAUCGGCUUUGGAGGCGAGGAAUGGCAAGGAUAUACAGGGUAUUCCCUGGGAAAGGUUCAACUUUACAAGAGAGACUUAUCGUCGAUCUCGAUUGAAGCAAUACAAGAAUUACGAGAGUUUGUCUUUUUCUUCGGACGAUCUUGAGAAGCUGAAGUGCAAAGAAGUGGAGAAGGGACACAACUUCUACGAUUUUCAUUUCAAUACAAGGGCUGUGAAAUCAACAAUCGUACACUUUCAGCUGAGGAAUCUGUUAUGGGCAACGUCAAAACACGAUGUGUAUCUCAUGCAAAACUACUCUGUAAUGCACUGGUCUGCUCUGCUUCGUCGGCCUAAAGAAGUGCUUAAUGUUUCCAGGCCUAUUCAACUAACUGAGAAGUAUCCUCAACAUAUUGCGCAAUCCAUUUCCCAGGUUUAUAUAAGCACCAUGGCUGUGAAGGAGAAUCUAAUGGUAGCUGGUGGCUUCCAUGGAGAGCUUAUCUGUAAGCGUCUAAACCACUGCGACAUAGCCUUCUGCACGAAGCUAUCCCCCGAAGAAAAUGCUAUCACCAAUUCAGUGGACAUAUUCUGUAGCCCCAGCGGUUCAACACAACUUUCUGCAGCCAACAACGACUCAAAAGUCCGGAUUUUCGACAUGUCAGCCAUCUCAUGCCUAAGCUCUUUCACAUUCCCAUGGCCUGUAAAUAACGCCUCCGCAAAUCCGGACGGGAAGCUAAUCGCAGUGCUCGGGGACAGCCCCGAUUGUUUGCUCGCCGACAUGCAGUCGGGAAAGGUCGUCAACAGCCUCAAGGGACACUUGGAUUAUUCGUUCGCCUCAGCUUGGCACCCAGAAGGCCUCGUUUUGGCGACCGGGAACCAAGACAGAACGUGCCAGCUAUGGGACUUGAGGAGACCCUCGGAGUCGUUAGCCGUGCUCGAAGGAAGGAUGGGCGCAAUCAGAGCCUUAAGGUUCACGUCGGACGGACGGUUCUUGGCCAUGGCCGAGCCGGCGGACUUUGUUCACGUGUUCGACGCGCGAUCGGGUUAUGCGACGGGGCAAGAGAUCGAUCUCUUUGGCGAGAUCGCAGGAAUCUCGUUCAGCCCCGACGCCGGUACUUUGUUCGUGAGUGUUUCGGACAGGACGUACGGCAGUUUAAUGGAGUUCAGGAGAAGGUAUUGCCAUUGUUAUCUUGAUUGCAUAUUUUAGGUCACUCGUUUACAGCCAAAAUGUGUGUUCUAAUGUUCGAAUUAGAAAGAUAAUGUUGUUUAGUCUAUUGGUAGAAUGGCAGCUUUGCAUUAUAAGUCAACUUGGGCUGAAGUCAACCCCUGUCCCUUCACUUGAGUUGAGAGUAUGGAUUAGAGUUAUGUGUAAGUCGUGUCAGAUUUGAGAUUCCUAUGCUUUUUGUCAACGCAAUUAACGAAUGGGUGAAGAAUUUUUUUAAAUUUUUUUUCUUAAUC